AGAACAGUAAUCAACUAAUCAUACUAACCACUCCUUGUACUGAAAUCUAAUGUUGUGAACCUCUCUCUGUUUGUGCAGCAGAAUUCCAAAUUGUGGUGAAUCUUUUGGUAACGCAGAGACAGAGACAGAGACAGAGUGGCGGGGGAAAUAAGAACACUAUCACUACCAAACCUUUUCUUUUGUUCAAUUCUCAUUGCCAACAAUGCAAGCAAGCAUCAUGCUUUGAGAUUUACGCAACAUCUUCAUCACCAUCAUCAUUCCAUCUUGUCAUGUUGCGCUUCUCAACAGUUUCGCGUACUUCUCUUCUCAGAUCGGACUCACGCUGACCACAACAACAGUUUGGCGCAAUUGUUGGAGUUGCUGCCAUGUAACCUGAAGGUCACAGGUUUAAGACUAUGAGUAGUGAAGAAGAUCUAAAGGUCCUAUAAUACAGUAGAGCCGAUACAAUGAAGAAUAUGAUUCCACCCAUUCAGAGUAGCAUGCCUUCUCCUACUUUUCUCUGGAGGUUCAAGGUGACACUCUUUCUGAUAUGGGGCUGUACUUGCUGCAAGAUUGGUUGGGAUUCUGUCAUGAGAAUGGAUGCAAAUCUGCGAGAUCUGUUUUUGUAUGAGGCAUUUUUGUAUUACAACCCUCUUCUUCUUAUGACUAUGAUGGUCUGGCUUUGGGGAGUGAAUUUGUGGGUAUUUCUACAAUCCAAUGUAAGCUAUACCAAGAUUUUCGAUCUUGAUCAAAAUCACCUUACUCAUAACGAGAUAUGGAAGUGUAGCACUUGGAUGACAAUCAUUGUCCCUACUAGCAUGACUGCUUAUCUCUAUCUCUAUUCCCAUGGGGAAGUAAAGUUGGCUGCAUCUCAACCAGUACUUCUCUACAUUUGUGUCUCAGUAAUCUUGAUCUUUCCCUUUGAUAUUUUCUAUUUGUCCUCUCGGUACUUCUUUUUGAGGACAUUAUUGCGGAUAGCUUUCCCUUUGCAGCCAAUUACAUUCCCUGACUUUUUUGUGGCUGAUAUUUUAACCUCCAUGGCAAAGGUUUUUUCAGAUUUGGAGCGUUCCGUUUGUAGAAUGGUAAACAGACAGGUUGCCACAAUUGCUUGGCUUGAAGCUGACUCUGUUUGUGGUAGUCACUCAGUUGCGAUACCAAUGGUUCUUGUUCUUCCUUAUAUAUGGCGUUUAUUGCAAUGUCUUCGUCAAUACAAAGACACCAGAGAAAAAAAUUGUCUCUUCAAUGCUUUAAAAUAUUCGACUGCAGUCCCCGUAAUUUUUCUUUCAGCCCUUAAAUAUCAUGUCUUCCCUGAGAAAUGGACAACGCUUUAUCGGCCACUGUGGCUUCUUUCAAGUGUCAUUAAUUCACUCUAUUCAUUUUACUGGGAUAUUACAAGAGAUUGGGAUUUAAGUGGCUUUUCCCGCAUAUUCAAGUUCAACAAACCAAGUCUAGUUUCCAACCUGUUUCAUGGACGACAAUGGAUAUACUUUUGGGCAAUCGGAAGCAACUUUAUUCUGCGCUGUUCAUGGACGUACAAAUUAUCUGCGCAUCUCCGUCAUAACUACCUGACAGUGUUCGCGAUCACUCUAAUGGAGAUGCUACGGCGCUUCCAGUGGGUUUUUUUUAGAGUUGAAAAUGAGUGGAACAAGAUUACCCGGUCCGGUGUUCAACUCACAGAAAUUCCAAGAGAGGAGGAGAAAUUGCUAGGGUCCAACAAUCAUGAUGUAUAGAGAUUACUCAGCCAACAAAAUUUUGCCAAUGUCUUCGUAUUAGCAUCAGGUCUAAUUCAUUUUUUUUGGCUAAUAUUGCUUCUAAUCCCAAAAGCAUUUUUCUUAAUGUGUUCCUGGCCCACCAAUAUGAGAGAGUUUUCAUGCAUGUGCAUGGAUGUGAGAUUCAUAUUGUUGAUUCCAUUGCUGAAGCAGCCCUGGCUCAGUGCAUGCUCUUUUAAGUUUGUAGCUGCAUUGAAAGAUGCAUGUGAAGAGACUGUCACACAAUUUGUAGUUUUGUACUUAAAGGAUGUCUCAGCAGCUCAAGAAGGAGCAAAGAUCAUUUCUUCAUACUUGAAGAGCUGUAACAACUAACGAGCAGUACUUGAGAACAAUGGCGACCAUGGUGGGUGGUGCAUUCAUUUUUCCCCUAUUGUUUGUGGUCAUUUUAAUUAGAUCAGCAUUUGUAACUAGAUAUGGACCCAAAAGCUUUGUUUGCUGGGUACACAGAAAUUUAUAUCAGGAGACACUUAUGAUUCAAAAUGGUUAAAUCACUUAUAGCAUGUUUGCUUUAGUGUCUGUUUUGAUAAGAAUCGCAUAAAUGAUUGAGAAGCUGCUCACAAUAGCUUAUUGUUGUAUGCAAUUUUUAUGUCAUAUGUGGUUUCUUA